AUGGGUAUUCUCGAAACAAUUGCCGGGCCAUUGGCUCAAGAGAUUUCGCAAAGGUCAACCUUUGCUGUUGUUGCUGCUGGCGUGGCAGCAUUCGUCGUUCUAUCUGUCAUUCUCAAUGUCCUGAAUCAAGUGUUAUUUGCGAACCCCAAUGAACCACCAGUGGUCUUCCACUGGUUUCCAAUCAUUGGUAGCACCGUCACUUAUGGUAUGGACCCUUAUAAAUUCUUCUUCGAGUGUCGCGCAAAGUACGGUGAUAUUUUCACAUUUGUCUUGCUCGGAAAGAAGAAUACAGUAUAUCUUGGACGAAAUGGCAAUGACUUUAUUCUCAAUGGCAAGCUUAAGGAUCUCAAUGCGGAGGAAAUAUAUACUGUUUUGACAACUCCCGUGUUUGGAAAGGAUGUAGUCUACGAUUGCCCCAAUGCGAAAUUGAUGGAGCAAAAAAAGUUCAUGAAAAUUGGCUUGUCUACUGAAGCUUUCCGAUCCUACGUCCCAAUUAUACAAAUGGAAGUGGAAAACUUCAUGAAACGUUCUUCGGUAUUCAAGGGACAAAAGGGAACUGCCGAUAUUGGUCCCGCUAUGGCUGAAAUCACCAUCUAUACCGCUUCGCAUACUCUACAAGGAAAGGAAGUCCGUGAUCGAUUUGAUACUACUUUCGCCUCUCUCUACCACGACCUUGAUAUGGGCUUUAGUCCCAUCAACUUUAUGCUUCACUGGGCUCCUCUUCCUCACAACCGUGCCCGCGACCAUGCGCAGAGAACUGUCGCAGCAACAUAUAUGGAUAUUAUUAAAAAACGACGUGCUCAGGCUACGGAAGCCGACUUCAAAUCCGACAUUAUGUGGCAAUUGAUGCGCUCGUCCUACAAAGAUGGAACCCCCGUUCCAGACCGAGAGAUUGCUCACAUGAUGAUCGCUCUUCUCAUGGCCGGACAGCACUCUUCCUCAUCUUCUAUCUCUUGGAUUCUGCUUCGUCUUGCCUCACGCCCAGAUAUCAUGGAAGAACUCUAUCAAGAACAAAUCCAAGUUCUGGGCGCCGAUCUCCCUGCUCUCAAGUACGAGGACCUGGCCAAACUUCCUCUUCAUCAAAACAUCUUGAAGGAAACUCUCCGCAUCCACACUCCCAUCCAUUCUAUUAUGCGCAAAGUCACAACACCAAUGCCAAUUAGCGGAACAAAAUAUGUCAUUCCAACCUCGCAUACUCUUAUGGCAUCUCCUGGUUGUACAAGUCGAGACGCGGAUUACUUCCCAGAGCCACUUGAGUGGGACCCUCAUAGAUGGGACAUUGGCUCGGGCCGUGUAAUUGGCAAUGAUCAGGACGAAGAAUUCCAAGAUUAUGGCUAUGGAAUGAUCAGCAAAGGUGCUUCUAGUCCUUACCUUCCAUUCGGUGCUGGCAGACACAGGUGUAUCGGUGAACAAUUCGCCAAUGUACAGCUCAUCACUAUCAUGGCCACUGUGGUUAGAAUGUUCAAAUUCAAGAACGUUGAUGGCAGCAAGGAUGUCAUUGGUACUGAUUACACCAGUUUAUUCACCAGGCCAUUGGCGCCAGCAGUUAUAGCAUGGGAGCGACGAUAA